AUGGACCUGCAAAGCAUCCGCGACUCUCUGCCUGACGAUACCCCUUCUGAUCGCAGAUCCCGGAACGCCCAUUCUUCGCCUCGACGACAUGCACGAAUCUACCUAGUGGAUGAUGAUCUCCAUUAUGACCGUGGGGACAGCUAUGAGAAACGUCAUCGCCGGGAGGAGUCGGGCAGGAGCCUUCCUGUCGAGAUACGCAGCGCAAAUGUCUACCGUCGGCGACGACAAGACAGUCAAGACAGUUUCGACAGCUUGCGCAGCUCACGUUCAUCGACCCGAAAGCAUACCCCGGCGAACACCAGUUACACGGCGUACGAGUACAACGAUCUUCACGAUUCCGGAUACGGCUCAUACGGCUCUCGAGCAUCCCAUGGGUUUCGAAGAGCAAAGACCGAGCCCUACGCCUACCCACCAUCUCCGCCACCCCAGGUUGUGAGCAUCAAAACACCCUCACCCCAUUCUUAUACCCCAUACGGAGUCGGCCCGGUCAACAUUGUCACACGCACUCCGGCCUAUGGGUACAGCUCUCCAAGAUACUGA